AUGAUACCACUUGAGAAACGAAGCCUUCAACUACUGCACGUGGCAUGCCGAAACGCACGGGUGGAGAUCGCACUUUUCUUCUGGAUACUCGACCGAUGUCAGCAAGCCUCCACGCCAAAUAUGGUUCUUCCAUGUGGCAGGAGCACGAGACUCCAAUUCUCUCUGCUGCGGAUUCCUUCACCUAUAUACCGCCCGGUUGAAGAGCUUGUGAAUCAACUGCUUGACAGAGGAGUCUCCGCUCGAGAUAUGUUCAUGUCUUCUCUUGAUAAGAAGCAUAUUGCAGAGACAGUCCACAGUCGGGCCAUUUCGAGGGCCAGUCAUGUCUUAGUGAAACGACUCGUUGCAGAAGGCGAGGACGUGCAUACUCAGACUAUGCAAUAUAUCUCUUUGUUUUCAAGCCAACAGACGGUGGAAGCAGUGCAGGGCAUUACUCCACUCCAUCUUGGUGGUCUUCAUGCGAAUCUGGAUGGUAUCCAAACCCUCUUUGAUCUUCGUGGAGAUAAGGCCACUGUCGUGGAAAUUGUUCUCUCCAAAGAUAGCGCCGGUAGUCUUCCCCUUCACUGGGCUGCACGAGGGGCUCAUGGUCCAAAAUAUGACUAUAUGAUCCCUCGUGAUGAGAUUGUAACACAUGUAGCCAGCACUAUCGAGCUACUCUUGAACAUUGUUCAAGACACAAUCAAUGUUCAGGACCAUCAAGGCUACAAUGCUCUAUGGUAUAUGGUAUAUGGUGUCUAG